AGGGCCUUGAUGGAUGAGGUAGAGUAUGAUGUUAUGAAAGCUCGUCAGAAGAAGAGUGUAAGGGUGAAGUCGUACCGCAUAAGGCCUGAUGGGACGCAGGAGAGGACCAAGAUUCCCUUAGCCCAGUCAGAAGCAUUCUUAACAGAAGUUUUGGAGACCGUUUGUGAGAGAAUGAAUGACUACAAACUUGAAGAAGAUGAGGAAACCAAUGCAAGGACAUUCAAGAGAUUUGCUCCAAGGAAAGGGGACAAAAUAUACAAAGAAUUCAAACGAUUCUAUUUUUAUUCUGAUGCUUACAGACCUUUGAAAUUUGCGUGUGAAACUAUAAUAGAAGAAUAUGAAGAUGAAAUAUUCUCACUUAUCGCCCAGGAGGCAGACCAUCUAGCUGACAAGUUGUGCAGUGAAAAAUCAGAUAUUUGUGCUCCUUCUUCUACUAGUCAUACUGAACUUUAA